UGCGCGUGAAACAGUUGCUACGGGAAUCCUGUCGCGUGGUUUUCCGAAAAUCCGGACGACGUCCUGGAAGUUUCCCGCCAAUUUUCGAAAAGGUCUGGCAGUUUACGCGUUUACCUAAAAAUUGUCUCCACGUCUAGCGUUCGCUAUUAAAGCAUCCAAGAACUCCUCGUGUCGCGAUAAAAAACUUGUUCGCCAGUGAUGGUUUUAUAAGUGACUUUAGAAACUUUGCUUUGAAAAGACGCCUUGCUGUUUGACAGAGAACACAUCUUUAAGACAAGAUGCAACCGACGCCUCUGACUCUGUUGCUAGUCCUCGUCAUUCUGUUUGAAGGAUCUUUGCAAGCCCACAUCAAAGUCGACCCUGCCACACUUCCGACGUUUUUAACGUCGAGCCAGGUCUUUAAGGUGAAAGAGUUGGACAGAGUCGUUUUGCCCUGCGAGGUAACAAACCUUGGACAUUACGUGUUGGCGUGGAAAAAAAGCAUCGCGGUCCUGUCAGCGGGCAGGGUGAAAGUGUCUCCGGAUCCUCGUAUUAAUUUAGUUAACGACUACAACUUGGAGAUAAGAGAGGUCGGGCCCCAGGACGCCGGAGAUUACGUCUGCCAAAUAGGCACCUUAGAACCGAGAGAAAUCACACACACCCUGGAAGUUUUGGUACCGCCAAAAAUCGAGUACCUAUCAAACAAUGGUCGGGUGGAAGUCAAAAAGGGUUCGUCGGUCCGUCUAGAAUGCAAGGGUAGCGGCAAUCCGACUCCUAAAAUUACUUGGUCCCGGAAAAACAAUCUGCUUCCGGGCGGAGAGCAAACCGUCGUGACUUCGGUUUUGACCCUGAAUAACGUGGACAGACACCAAGCCGGCACAUACCAAUGUACCGCCAGUAACGGCAUCGGCGAAGAUGUCACUCAACAAGUGGUCCUGCACGUUUUGUAUCCUCCUGAAAUUACCGUAGAAAAUCCGGUUGUGCAUUCAGCAGAAGGUUUCGAAGCCCAACUUGUCUGUAUUGUUCAUGGAGAGAGUCAACCUGAGGUUUUAUGGUAUCGAGAUACGAUGCAAUUGGACACAACGGAAAGACGGAUAAUGGAAUCCCGAGGAUCCAGGCACACGCUUGUUAUCCGAAAAGUGCAUCGAUCCGAUUUCGGGAACUAUACUUGCGUCGCCGACAACCAGCUGGGAAAAACAAGGAAGAGCAUUCAGCUGACUGGAACACCGAAAGCUGCGAUUUUCAGAAGCCCGUCCGUCGGCAACUACAAAGAGAGUUAUAACAUAAGCUGGGCGGUAGAGUCUUUGAGUCCGAUAGAAGAAUACCAGCUAUUGUUCAGGAGACUUCCCGAUGGCAUUUCGAGCGGAGAAGACGGUCAUCCCCAGCCGCUGCACCACCAAAGUCAAAGAAGAUUCCCACUUCGAGAUAACCGAACGUACUCGGCAGUGGGUUAUAGCGUGGGGUACGGUUAUGGCAGAACCAACAGCAGGGGGCGUGCCGACUGGAGCAAUGUAAUCCUUCCGGCGUCUCGGACGUACAGCAACGGAAUGCAAUCAAUGAGCUACGUUAUCCGCGGACUAGAAGCCGGACAACAUUACGAGGCCAAAGUUCAAGCCCGGAACAAAUUCGGAUGGAGUCCCGUGUCCAAGUCUUUUGCAUUUCAAACUACCGACCGAGAUACAACAGAUAUCCGAAGCAGUUUCGAACAAAAUGAGCCUAGCUCAAUGGAAGAUUUUUUCGGCAUCAGCACAUUUAACGCUUGUUCUCCAACACCGCCGCCAUAUUAUCAGUUUGUGGGCUUGCUCUAUAUUUUUUGCGUAAACUAUAGAUGAACUAAAAAAGUAACACAAUAAUUUAUGCUGUCUAACUUGCUCCGAAUAGAUUUGUUCUAAAAUAUUUGAAAAGACCACGUAUAAUCUACCAUGAUGGAAUUUAAUUUUUCCACCUGAAGCAAUUAAUACAAUUUUUGUUUCUAUCCUUUUAAACUAAUUUCCCUGCACAGUUUUGAACUUCGUCUUCUAUGUAUUUAAUUUUAAAUAAAUUUUAUUCUGGCAAUAUUAAAAAAAAUAUUUUUUUAAAUGCUCCCAAUAAUAUGUACCGUAUAACAUCAAAAUUUGUAAAUAUCACCCAGCUUUUCAAUAAUAAUAAUGUUAGACUUAAUAUUGCACGCAUUUCUGUAAAUAUUAUUAUUCAAUAUUAUAUUCUUAAUAUGUAGAAUUAUUAUUGGUAAAAGCCAAACCAUGUACAGUUUGACUCUAAAUUUUCCUGUUAAUUUGUUUUAAUAAAAAAGCGGCGACACUGAUUCGAUUAAUCCAUAAUUUAAUUGGUUUUUUAAAUAAUUGAUGUAUUAGAAAUUCUGCUUAUAAAUGUUGUGAUCCAAUAGGGUGCGUCCGAAUAUUUAAAAAGUAUUUCAAUUCAUGAAGCCACAAGCUUCUAAUUUAAACGGCAUUUAUAGUAAAUAUGUAAAUAAACGUAAAAUUUGUAGCAGUUGUAGGUGGAACCAAAUUUAAGGCUGAUUGACGAAGUGCAAAAUUAUAAUAUUCUUAGACAGAGUCAUAUAUGGUUUGUACAGGGAUCGAUAAGCAGCAA